CCUUCUUCCCCGCGGCGCAGGGCUCGCCGCUGCCGGGCUCUCUCCGGCUCGCUCUCCCGUUCCGCGGGGCAGGUGUGACACGGCUGCGGCAGCCGCGCUCCGUGCAGGGCGUGUGCCGGGGGCCGCCGGGCUGGGCGCUCACCCUGCUCCUCGGAGGCGCCCUUGGGAACAUCGCCACGUUUCGGGGAUAAUGAUCUACCGCCUCCACCCCCCGGGCCGGCGUCUGCCGUGACAAGGGUUAUCGGGACGACUGCGGCUUGCUAGUACCUCCGCCGUUCCCGGGCAGAGCGACACUGACUUCCCGUGAAAACAAGACUGAUCCGGUGCAUGAAUGCUCCCGGAGCCAGGCGCCCGGCUGCCGUCGGGGCUGUUCCCUUCCCGCCCGCGCACUGGGUGCGGAGCAGGGCUGCCGCAGAAGCCGCCCUGCUGGAGCCAGCGGGCCCGGGGCGCUGGGCAUGGCAGACGUGACCAGCGGGCUCGGCUGUGGCGCCGGGGGGCUUUGCCGCGGGAGCUCGCCCUGUGCCCCCGAAAGUCCCACGCCGCUGCCGGCUGAGGGCACGUGGGCGGACAGCGGCUUCGCUGGCGUGGGGAGCAGGAGGAGGAGGAGGAGGAAGGGGUGGACGCGGCCCCAGGAGCGGUACUCACGGCGCCAGGAGGCUCGGGGGCAGCGCGGGGCUGCGGCGGCGCGGCUCCGUGGCACGCCGGGCAUCUCCGGCGCUCCGGGGGGAGGCGGCGGGGCGGCGGCGGGGCCGGGGCGGGGGCCGGCGGCGGCUCAGCCCAGCGGCCCCGCAGCAGGGCGGCGAGCGGGCAGCGGGCGGGAGCCCCGCUCCCGGCCAGCAGCGCCGCCAAGCCCGCGGGACAGAAGCGGGACUCCGCGGCGUCUCGACGGGGCGCCGAGACGAAGUGCGGGCAAGGCCGGCGGGCAGGGAGCUGCGGCCGCAGGAAGGGGCUGGAGAACAGAGCUGACAGCGAGGCGAGGGACCUGGCAGGCCUCGGAGUCUGCGGCGAGCGGGGGAGGUGUGGGAGCGGAGGGACGGGGUGGGAAGAGAGAGAGAAAGAGAGAGAAACACAAAGUGAGCAACACCGAGGGGGCAGGCGGGGGCCCAGCACACAGUGCUAAGAUGAGGGUUGAGUGCUCGCAGCCGUGAACCCACACCCUGCUGCCCUCGCAUCCCCCCUUACCCCCGUGUACACUCAGUCUUUUUAACUUUCCUAAGCAGGUCCUUCAGGUGAGGGCCGGAGGACAGCUCUCCUACCCAUCCUGUGCCCACUGGGAUUCGGAGCUGGCCAUAGUGACAGAGGAGCACGGGAACAAAUUUGGCCACUUACAACCUACCCGCAAAGAGCACCUCCCAAAAAUUCCCCACCCGAAAAGCCAACCGCAGACGACGGACAGAGCCACGGCGGCGGCGGGCGGAAUGGAGCCAAUGCCGCCGGAACUGUCCAGGGUGCUGAACCGGCCCCGCCGCCUCCGCCGCGGCCGGGGAGCUCGGCGGGCCUGCUCGGAUCUGCGGGCGUCAAGAGAAUGAUGGAUGCAAGCUGAUAUUCAGCUGCAUAAGACAGAACUGCAUAAACAAGGGCUUGGACUUGGAUGAAAUGGGGUUUAGAGUUGACAGAGCUGAGAGACACAGACUGGAACCCUUUCUCUCUCUCUAAAGGAAUGUGAGCAUGCAUUUCUCAUGCAUGAAAGAAAAUUCCCUCAGUCAUCAGAGCAGCAUGCUCUGCAUGUGCCUCUGUGACCUUACUUUUGGUCCCCUCUAUUGCUCUACUUUGUUCAGAUUAAUUCAACUUCACUAGGAGAGAGGGAAAGCAAAAUGUCAACCUAGCAAGGCUCGGGAGUAUUUGACCUUGAACUAAUUUCUGUUUCAAAAACGAAAAUAUGGAAAAUGGAGACCUUA